AUGAAUCGCCACCGUGACUCACGCAGGACGAUCAAAUCAUUGGGUAGCAAACACUGGUGGGCCUUGAUCAUCUCGGAUGAGUUGUCCUAUCCUCACCUAUUCAAGCAUAAUACAAGUGGCAACUACCCUACUAAGACUCUCCCUGGGACGAGCGUCCCUCCAAUCUCCACCUCACCGGCAACUCAUUUCACAGCCAUCGAACCACUGGGAAGACCCGGGCUGCGAUGCUCCGGCAUCGUCGAUCCAGACGGCCACUGCAAUGGCGAUGGCAUCAUCGACAACCCCCAGAACCCCCGAGACAAGGAGCGAGAAGGAUUCCGAUUUGACAACCCUUCAACCCACUGCAAAUACGUCACGCAAAUGCACAUCUGGGACUCCUUCAAAGAUCUCGAGAAAGACAUGUCUAAACUGUUCACCCUGAUCCACAAGAAUGUCAGCUUCACCGUGGUGGGCCACCACCCCAUAGCCGGCCAUUACAACGACCUGCUCCAUUUUUACGUCAAUGCAUUGCGCCGAGUGAGUGUUUUGUUCUUGGACCAUGCAGACAAAUUCGAGAUCCAUCCACAGGCUAUCCAUGGGGGCUGUAAUAGUGCUUGGUCGGUAUCAGAGAUUCAGUUCAAGGGCGUCAUGAACUCGGGUAUGUGUAAUCCCCGGUACGACCUCGUUGGAAUGGUGCUGAUGUGCUUUGUGGUGGUGCUGAUGCCAGGUGAUGACUUUGAUAUUGUAAAUGUGUGGGUAACGAGAUGGUAUGAAGAUCAGAUGGUCGAGAUCCGGACAUAUAUAGAUGCCCCGCGGAUCAUGGACGCCCUUCACAAGAACGAGCUCUGGUGGAAUGGUACCACGUUUCGUGACAAUGUGCAUUACAUGCCGGGGCCGGCGGGUAUGCCCGAUCUCAAGGAACUGGAGGACCUCAUGGGUUAUCCCGACGGCCGUAACUAUGAGGAUUGA